CCUGACAUCAUGCGCCGCCCCGAAAAUUCGCUGCCAAAGUGACUGUGUCUGACCUGACUUUCCUGAAGCCGGAACUCCGUCGGUAUCUCUCCCGUCCAGUCGCUCCCGGAACGGCGAUUUUAGCACUCAAACCGCGACAAAGCGCCAUCUCCGGCAACGCCGACGAACCUAGUAAACCACUACCAACUAACACCUAAUACCUCUACACAACCGCCGCCGUCAUGCCACCCCUCCGCUGCGCCAAUGCGCCCGCACCAGCGAGCCUCUUCGUCCAACUGAGCAUGCGCCGAACCGCUCAGUCCCCCAUCCUGGCCGACGUCCUACUCCCCCUGCGUGCGCGCGCCCACCACGGCGUCGCCAGGAGGAUAGCGACCGCUCCAGCUGCUGCUUCAGUCUCCAAGACACAAUGGCGCGCGAGACAAUCGCUGUCUUCAAGCCAGUCCAACAAGCGCCUCUUCACCACCACGGCCCCACGCAAGGCAACCCACACGCUAUUUAACCCCCAGAACGACGAGGAUGGGAACGAGAUGGUGUUGGAGAUUACAGAGCGGGCAGCGAAGCGCCUCUCAGAGAUCAUGACCAAAGAUUCCAACCCUUACCUCGCGCUGCGCAUCCAAGUCGAAUCCGGCGGCUGCCACGGUUUCCAAUACCUCAUGAAACUGGUCACUCUGCCUGAGCAACUUCCUGAGUUGCCUGUUUCCGAAGAGGCCGCGGAGGAAUCAGAGAUUCGCGAAGACGAUACGAUAUUCAGCUAUUACCCCGAUAACAGCCCAGCGCCGUCGUCUUCCGAUCUGACGGUACCGAAGAUUAUCCUGGAUGGGCCGUCGCUGGAGUUGCUCAAGGGUAGCAAGGUUGACUUCACCAUGGAGUUGAUCGGUUCCCAGUUCAAGAUUGUUGACAACCCGUUGGCGACGAGCAACUGUGGUUGCGGUACGAGUUUCGAUAUCAAGAUCUGAGGGGCCGG